AAGGGUUAAUCCUUUUUUUUAUAAAGAUGUGGCCACACCAGUAAAACACCUUGAACAAUUAGUUUUCGCUGCUAGGAUAAAUUUUGCAUAGUUAACUACAAAGUUUGUUUUGGUGAUUGAAACCAUUUGCCUGCAAUGUAUAGGUAGGAUAAAAUUCUCUCAUUGAAAAAUUAUUUUUAGACCCUUAAAUAAACGAGCACAACACUUUUGCAAAACAAAUUUUUAAGGCCUAGAAUCUGAAACUUUAUAAAAGUCUUGUAGUAUAUAUAUGCAUGUAUGCUUACAAUGCCAGGCAUGAUGGAAAAAAUGAACAAAUUAUAAAAAGCCUCCCCACAAGAAGUUUAAUUUUUUCUACUUUCACCGUUUAUCAAACCCGAAAUUGAAUAUUUUAGAAUUUGUUACAAAAUAUUUGUGAGUUUUUUUACAUGUCUUUGAUCUUCAAUUGCAAUAAUGUUGGGUUGGCAAUUUUUAAAUAUUUACUUAUUUUAUCUAUCUAUAUACAUAUACUGGAUAUAUAUAAUGUAGUGCUUUUAUUGAUGUUAAAUUUAUUUAAAAAAUACAAUGACGCUAAAGACACAGACCGUAAUUAGAUGAUAUAUAGCUUUUUCAUAGGAAUACUCACAUAAUAAAACAAAAAGAUGGAUGACGUUCAAUUGGAAUUGGAAUCUACAAUUGGGUUUGCAGGAAAUGUACCAGGGGGUCUUCUUGUUCAUCCUGACAAAAAUCAUUUAAUCUAUCCACUUGGAAAUACAAUAGUCAUAAAGAAUUUAGGAACAAAUUGUCAAGAAUUUCUUUCUGGUCAUACACACAAUGUUUCAUGUGUUGCUGUUUCAAAAUUUGGUUGCUUUGUGGCAUCGGGGCAAUCUACUCAUAUGGGUUUUAAAGCAGAUGUUAUUGUAUGGGAUUACAAAGAAAGAUCACUGUAUUGUCGCCUAGUGCUACAUAAAGUGAAGGUGGAAGCACUAGCUUUCUCACCCAACGAAAAGUAUCUAGCUACAUUAGGAGGACAAGACGAUGGAAGUGUUGUCAUCUGGAACCUUGCUACUAAAGAAGCUGUUUGUGGAGCUCCUGCAGCAGUGUUGAGUGCAGGAACAACAUAUUGUGUAGCCUUUGCGCACAAUGACAACAACCUGUUUAUUACUGGAGGAAAUAAGACCCUUAGAGUAUGGGAGUUGGAUGUACAAAAUAGGAUUAUCCGACCAACAGAUUGUAGUAUGGGACAAUUAAAGAGAAUUGUAAAGUGCAUCCAGGUAUCAAAGGAUGAUCAGUAUAUAUACUGUGGAACAACGAGUGGUGAUGUAUUGCAGGUAAAUGUUAGGACGAAGCUACUUUGCCAUUAUGGACCAACAAAAGAUAAAUUUAGUCUUGGUGUUGUGUCGAUUUCAUUAAUGGAUAGUAGUGAAAUUCUGAUUGGUGCUGGAGAUGGAACUGUAGCUCUAGUUGGUGGUGACAAUUUUAAAAAACUCAGAUCGGUUAAAAUUAAUGGCGAGGUGAGCUCACUCGCCCUUCGAGGAGUUGGCCAUCAAUUCUUUGCUGGAACAGUACUGGCACAAAUUUAUCGUUUCAAUUUUAACGAUUUCUGUAACGAAGUCAUCAGUACUUGUCAUUAUUCAAGUGUGAAGGAUAUCUCAUUUCCGUAUAACUACUCCCGUGUUUUUGCUACUUGUUCCAAGAAUGACAUUCGUGUUUGGAACGCCGAAACGAGUGCAGAAUUACUUCGUGUUGUUGUACCGAACAUGACAUGCAAUGCUGUGGAUUUCAUGAGAGAUGGAAAAACCAUAAUUAGUGCAUGGGAUGAUGGGAAAAUCAGAGCUUAUACACCUGAAUCAGGAAAACUUAAAUACACAAUACAUGAUGCACAUAAUAAAGGUGUAACAGCUAUUGCACCGACAUCGAGUCACCAACGCAUAAUUAGUGGUGGAGGUGAAGGGCAAGUGAGGGUGUGGGAUGUAAAUGGAACAAAGUAUCGGAUGACUGUAGCAAUGAAAGAACACAAAGGCGCCGUGACAUGCAUCAAAGUACAGCGUAAUGAUGCGCAGUGUGUGACAUCAAGCACAGAUGGCACUUGCAUCAUAUGGGAUCUCAAACGCUUCGUACGCAAUCAGAUCAUUUUUGCGAACACGAUGUUUAAAGUUGUAUGUUAUCAACCAGAUGAAAGCCAGAUCAUAACUGCUGGUACUGACCGCAAGAUCGGUUACUGGGAAACGUACGAUGGAAGUCCAAUAAGAGAGUUAGAUGGUACUAAAUCUGGCUCAAUAAACGGGUUAGAUAUUUCACCGGAUGGAAUUUAUUUUGUGACUGGUGGAGAAGAUAAAUUGCUCAAGGUGUGGAAAUAUAACGAAGGAGAAGUCACUCAUGUGGGCGUUGGCCAUAGUGGUGAAAUAACAAGACUAAAAGUAUGUCCCCUGCAGAAGCAUAUUAUAAGUGUGAGCGCGGAUGGUGCGGUACUCAGGUGGAAGUUCCCAUUUGCAUGUUAAAAAAACGAACAGUUGCCGAAAUGUAGUUAUAAAUGGUAAAAUUACCGUAACUUUUUAAUUGUUUAAUAGUCAAUUUGUAAAUGUGUCCGAUAAUAUAGAAUGUUUUGUAUAUUUUAUUUUUGAAAUGAUCUGUAGAUUUUA